AACAACCAAGGACCAGAGGGAACCCACGAGUACAGGUUGGCACUGCUGCUCCGACUCCGAUUCUGCCUCCCCAGACUUCGUGACCUUAGGAGGCAUUCUAUCCAUGGACCUGAGGCCUAGAUUUUUCCGGGUUGGGGAAAGGAAGAAACUGAACUGUGGAAGCGAGCACUGCCCUCCUGAGCCCCUGUGCCCCAGGUCCUAACCCAUGGCGCCCAAGAAGAAGCGCGUGACGAGCUUAGGGCGCCGGCUGGGUGAAGGUGCAGAGCCGCAGGGGUCGGAACGCGCGCAGUACCUACAGCGCGAGUACACGUUGCUCUCGGAGCAGCUGGACGCCUGCGAGGGGCGCGUGGACCAGGUGCUCCAGGAAAACAUCUUCCUGGACCACGAGGCAGGGCGCUUGCGCGAAGAGAAUCGGUUUUACGCCAGUUUUGUAAACACACGCGCGCAGCGCUGUGCCAACGCCGUCCUGCGGCUAGACGAGCAGAACCGCGUGGAUCUGGGGCAGAUCCAUUGGGAGCGGUCAGAACUAGCGUCGCUGUACCAGGGGCGCGAGGAUGGGGUGCGUGCGCAGCUGCUGGAGAUGCAGGCGCGUGCAGCGCAGAUGGCGCAGCAGGUGCAGGAGCUGCAGCCUUACAAGGAGCUGCAGCUGGAGCAGCUGGCAAGGAUCCGGACGCUGGAGCGCGAGCUGCUGCACAUGCGCGUGGAGCACACGCAGCUGCUCCACCGCGUGAAGCGGCGCUUUCUGGAGGAAAAGGCAGCCUGCGAGCGUGAGGCUCGCCAGCGUGUGCAGUCUCUGGGCCGGCGCGCGGAGCGGGAGGCGACGCGCGCGCUCAUCACACAUACGCAGGCCAUCAAAGCGGACAAUGGGCGCCUGAGGCAGGAGCUGUUGCGGCUUCUCGGCAGGGCCCAGCUGCUGCACAAUAUGCGGCACCAGCUGCUUCAGCAGCGUGAGCAGCUGCGUCGUGAGCACGAGGAUACGCGGGACCUGGCGCGCGUGCACGGCUGGCUGCGCAGGGGCCCCGACGGCCCGCCGCUCUGGCAGCCGCCGGUCUCUUCCCAAACCACCUCGCGCCCAGAAUCAAACGCCGUCACCGCGAGGGGCCGGUCGCGCGGAGCCUCCCCAGCCACAUCGGUGGACUCGUCACGCGUAGCCUCCCAGCCCCCGUCCAUGUCCUGUGCGCUUUCUCGCGUAUCAUCGUUGGUCCCUUCGCUGGCCACUUCGAAGGCAGGGUUAGGGGCCUUUUCCCUAACAGUGACGCGCCGGGACUCCCGGGUUCCGUCCUUGACCCCGUCGCGCCCGGGCUCCCGGGUCUCGUCCUUGGUCCCGUCGCGUCCCAGUUCCCGGGUCGCAUCUCUGACCCUGUCGUCAGCGAGCUCCAGGACCUUGUCGCUGGCGAGGUCACAUGAGGGGUCUCGGAUCUCUACGCACUCCUCCUUGCCUGCGGCCUCACAGGACACUCUAACCUCAGCAAAGUUCAACCGCAAGCUUCCCUCCAGUCGGUUCCGGGACCCCCCUCCUCCCACCUCACAGUCGGAGAAUGCGGAUGCCGACGCGGCAUCCGCAGGCGCCGGGCGAGACUGAACCCACCUCGGGGAAGGACAUGGAGGCCACAGGGAGGACGCGCACUUGCUGCGUGCAGGUAUUAAUAAACGUGUGACCACACCCCCGCAUCUGCCUGGUCCACUGCUCUAGCGUUUCCAGCGGCCACAGGAGCCCCUCAUGAGUGUCUCUGAUUUCCAAGCUACAAGGGAGCUUGAUGCCU